ACACACGAACACACACAACCGUAGAAAAAUACACACGCAAGGCACGCUCACGCUCGUUUAUUUAAUUAUAGCCAAAUAAAUUAACGUUUUUUGGCCAACAAUUGUUGUUGUCGUGUAUUGGUAUUGGUGCAUUUGCAAUAAGUAAAAUAAAAAGCGGCAACAUGAUUAGCUUUCUGUUCAUUGUAAAUCGGGCAUUCAGCAGUAGCACCAGCAGAAGCAGCGUCAGCAGUAAAAUAAUGUCGCAUGGUCCCCGCCCUUUGGUUUUAUGCGGCCCCUCCGGUUCCGGCAAGAGCACGCUGCUCAAACGUUUGUUUGCCGAAUUCCCGACAACAUUUGGCUUCAGCAUAUCACAUACGACACGUAAGCCACGUGAAGGCGAGGAGCAUGGUGUCCACUACUAUUUCGUGGAGCGUCCAGAAAUGGAAUUGGCCAUUGCCAACGAUGAGUUCAUUGAGACGGCCGAGUUCUCUGGUAAUAUGUACGGCACCAGCAAGGCCGCUGUCCGAGAAAUUCAAAAUCAGGGACGUGUCUGCAUAUUGGACAUUGAACAAAAGGGUGUCGAACAGAUACGCAAAACCGAUCUCAAUCCCAUAUUGAUCUUCAAUAAUCCACCUACCAUCGAGGAGCUCGAACGUCGCUUACGUCUACGCGGCUCCGAGACGGAGGAAACGUUGCGCAAACGCUUGGAUGCGGCUCAAGUGGAAAUUAGCUAUGGCCUAACGCCCGGAAAUUUCCACAAGAUCAUAAACAAUGUGGAUAUUGAUGUGGCCUAUACGGAAUUUCGCGAUUUUGUUGUCCAAGAGCUAAAACAACAGGAGGCUGAGGGUGUGCGUGUUAGCCUCAAUUAGCGAAAUUGGUUAACAUUGUUUUGGUUGCAAUGAUAUUACACUACUAUAUACCUAUAUAUAUAUGUAUAAUUCAUAAUCUAAAUGGCAUUUAUACUUAGUCUGUCAAUAAUUUAUAUCCCCCUCCUCCUUUCAAUCGAAGUGAAUUUCGUUAGGUAAAUUAAUUGUUGUUGUAAUUUUAAGCAAAAUGUUGUUGCAAAACCGAUAUUAUGGAAUCAAUAAAACAAACAGCUUUUUGGGUUGUUCUUUAUACCCUUUCUGUAAACAAAAACUUAA